AUGACACGAUGGGAUUUGCAGGCCCUACUUCCUUACACAGAAGAGAGAAGCAAGCACCAACGACAGGGGAAAAGAAGCACUGCAAACUCUCCACCAAAGGGCAGGUGGUUCCCCAAUCCAUACCUAGUCUCCACGGCCCCAUCCGUGCCCCCGGGGACUUGCCUGCACGUUCUCUGCUCGUCUCCCCUACCCGCUGCCCGGGCAGUCGUGGCCGAGCCGGGGCCCCAGCGCCAGAACCCGCAGAGAAGUUUCGCCGCUGCAAACGUGAGAAAACGCAGCUCCGCAGAACACCCGCCCCCACCCUGCCCGCGGCCCCACCCCGCAGCCCGACCCCUGGCGGCGGCGACCUUGGCCACCCCGGGCGCUCCCGAGAGCCGGAGGAGGGGCUGCCCUGCGGGCUCGCCGGGGGCCACCGGAGGCGGCCGGGGGACGGCGGCGACCUCCCCUCGGCCCGCAGGGGGGCGCUCCCCACCCCCCGCCCGCCCCUCGGCGCCGCGCCGCUCCCGGGCCCGCGCGGGCGCUCCACUUACCCCGCCGCGCAGGGCCGGGGCUCGGGCAGGGUGCGUGGGUUACAUCGGGCUGGGAAGCGCCUCUGGGGCCCCGCGGGCCGUCGCUCUCGGGGGAUGUCUGUCGCCGCCAAACUCUCGGGGUCUCUCGCGCCUCUCGCUCCUCUCCCUCCCCUCCCCUCCUCCCUCCCUCCUUCUCUCCUGUCCUUCGGCUCUUUUUUCCGGGUUAAUUACGUUUCGCAUUAAAGCAAAACCCAGCCCCGGAUCUAGCAAUUUCAUGUCCAAAGAUUUGUCCUACAGAAAGUCAUCCGGAGAUAUAUAUAGUAUAGAUGGAGUGUAUGUUUAUGUGUACCUACGAAGUGUAUAUCUGGAACAUAUAUACACAUUUGCUGCAGCAUAACAGUGAAAUUUGGAAAUCACUGUCAUUCUCAUCAGCAAGGGAUUGAACAGCACCAAGGAAAAGCCGUGUGAACACACAGCAAGAAGGCAGCCGUCUGCAGUCCUAGAAGAGAGCUCUCACCAGAGCGCAACCAUGCUGGCAACCCCAUCCCGGACUCCAGCCUCCAGACUGUGAGAAAAUAAAUUUCUGUUGUGUAAGCCACCCACUCUAUAGUACUUUUUAUACUCAUACAUACAUAUAUAGACAUUACAUAUGUACACAUGCCAAAAUUACUUCCCUGUGACAAAGUUUGGAAAACAUUGCCAUACUGCUAAAUCUGACACUAAUAUAAACUUCAAAAUGAAGUGCCCAUCCAGUCCCCAGAAAUAAGAGUCUCCUGGCUAAAUGCACCAUUCCUAUUGAUUCAUGCUGAUGACGUUGU